AUGGGUUGUAACUACUACGGCAACUCCUGUGGCUACGGCUGCGGCUAUGGCUGUGGCUAUGGUCCCUAUUAUGGCUAUGGCUCUGGAUGUGGCUGUGGCUGUGGCUGUGGCUACGGUUCUGGCUGUGGCUAUGGCUCUCGCUAUGGCUGUGGCCUGGGCUGUGGCUAUGGCUGUGGCUACGGCUCUGGCUGUGGCUACGGAUGCUGUGGCUACCACAACUCCUGUGGCUAUGGCUGUGGCUAUGGCUGUGGAUAUGAUUCUGGCUGUGGCUAUGGCUCUGGCUACGGGUGCUGUGGAUAUCGGCCAUAUUGCUACAGAAGAUGUUAUUCUUCUUGCUGCUAA